AUGAGUUUGAGUCCCAACCCAAAUCAGAACAAUUUACAUGUAGAGCACCUCAACCGCACCGCAGACAGCGAGCAGGGCCACCAGCUGGCGAACGGCUAUGCCAUGGGCGACCCAAGGAGCAGCCGGUGCCACGACAAACUCUUCAGCGGAUCGCUCAAGUCGCUGGCCCGAAGGGAGGAGUCAGGCGGGAGUAACAGUGGCAGUGGCGGUGGCGGUGGCAAGGACAAGAAAGCCAAGGGCUCGGGCACCGGCCUCGUCGGCCUCCAGAACAUAGCCAACACCUGCUACAUGAACUCGGCCCUGCAAGCACUCAGCAACCUGCCGCCCAUGACGCACUACUUCAUCAACUGCAGCGACCUGGUGGAGUACAUAUCAGAGCAGAGUGCCCGCCGCUGUAAGCCAGGUGGCCUGGCCAAGAGCUACCGCCGCCUGAUGCAGGACAUCUGGCAGGAUGUCGAUGAUCCCAAAGAUUUUAUUGCCCCGCGUGGCAUUCUGUACGGCAUUCGCACGGUGCAUCCCAUGUUCAGGGGCUACCAGCAGCAUGACACGCAGGAGUUCCUGCGCUGCUUUAUGGACCAGCUGCACGAGGAGCUAACGGAGCAGGUCUCGCUGAUGCCACAGACACAAAACCAGACGCAGUCCCAGUCACAGACACAACAGCAACAUCAGCAGCAGCAGGCCAGCGAAACGGACGACGACAACGAGGAUGAGGCGGCCCCGGCUUCUUUGACGCCCGCGGCUUCCGAGAGUGAGUACGACACCUGCGAGAGCAGCAUGUCGGAGCCAUCGGCAGAGGUUCUGCUAAAGACCGAGUACUUUGUGACGCCCUGUCGGACAAACAGUUCAAACAGUGCCCUGCCAGAAGCUCAACCGGUGCACCAGCAGCACCCACAGCUACAGCACCAGCAGAAAAAUGCAUCCAAUACGGAACAGAAACCCGUAGAGGCAGCUCGCUCGAUUAUCAGCGACGUGUUCGACGGCAAGCUGCUGUCCUCCGUGCAGUGCUUGACCUGCGAUCGCGUGUCCACGCGCGAGGAAACAUUCCAGGACCUCUCGCUGCCCAUUCCCAACCGCGAUUUCCUCAACGUCCUGCACCAGACGCACAGCUUGAGCGUCCAGAGCCUUAAUGCCGCCGAAACGUCCGCCAGGACCAGCGAGGGCUGGCUAGCCUGGAUGUGGAACAUGCUGCGCUCCUGGAUCUACGGACCCUCUGUGACGCUCUACGACUGCAUGGCCAGUUUCUUUAGCGCAGACGAGUUGAAGGGGGACAACAUGUACAGUUGCGAGCGCUGCAAUAAACUACGCACUGGCAUAAAGUACUCUCGCGUGCUCACUCUGCCAGAGGUUUUGUGCAUUCACCUCAAGCGCUUUCGUCACGAUCUGUCAUACAGCUCGAAGAUCUCGUCGGAUGUUUAUUUUCCGCUGGAGGGAUUCGAUAUGCGGCCAUACGUCCACAAGGACUGUAAGAACGAGGUGCCCAUCUACAACCUGUCGUCGGUGAUCUGCCACCAUGGAACAGUGGGUGGGGGCCAUUAUACUUGCUAUGCCCGCAAUACCCUUAACGGAAAGUGGUACGAGUUCGAUGAUCAGUAUGUGUCCGAGGUGUCUCCGGAACUGGUUCAAGCCUGCCAGGCGUAUGUACUGUUCUACCAGAAGCACAACCCCCAGAUGGAGAUAGUACGGGAUCAGGCGAUGACUUUGUCCACUACACAUCCCUUGUGCGACUCGGACAUUCAGUUUUAUGUAACGCGGGAGUGGCUAUCAAGACUGGCCACCUUCUCGGAACCGGGGCCGAUUAACAACCAGGAGAUGCUCUGCCCCCACGGCGGAAUCCUACAUUCCAAGGCGGACAUGAUCAGCCAGAUUGCGGUGCCCAUUUCCCAGCCACUGUGGGACUAUCUCUAUCGGAACUUUGGCGGCGGACCAGCAGUGAACAUAAUCUUCGAAUGCGAGAUCUGCAAGCGGGCGGCGGAAACGCUGUCUCGUCGCCAGCUAUACGAACUCAACGAGUUCACCAAGUACAAUGGGCUACAAAACGAGUUCGAUUCAACCGCCAUUUAUGCAAUCGCCAUGCCCUGGCUGCGUUCCUGGCAGCAGUUUUCGCGGGGAAAGACCCACAAGGACCCAGGUCCGAUUACCAACGAGGGAAUCGCUGUUCCCACCGAAAACGGUUCGCUAAAUGGAACUGCCACGGUGAGCUGCGUAAGAUUGGGCUCCGAUUACGCGCAACUUAACGCUCGCCUGUGGCGAUUCCUACAUAACAUCUAUGGUGGUGGACCGGAAAUAAUGCUUCGGCAGGCCCUCUCAGAUGACGAUGAUGCCGAGGAGAUAGAAAUCAUCGACCAGGACGAUGUGUGCGACGAUGAUGAGGAUCAGGAGGAAGACGAAAUUGAAGAGGUUGCAAAAGCUAAUUAUCAGAACAAUCAUUCCGACACCGAAAGCAAUCUGGGCCGUCGCACAACUCCGAGUCCGAGUCCAAGUCUCAGUCCCAGUCCAAGUCUGACUGCCAAGCGUCAGCCGGUGGAGGCGGAGUCGGAUCUGCGACCUGAUAGUCCAAAGUCCAAGCGCAGCAGGUCCAAAAUAAAGGUGUCCGCCCUGCGUUUGAACAUGCGGAAGAGAGGCAAGCGCAAUCGAAGUGCUUUCCAGCAGCACGCCGAGAUGUUUGGAGCCAAAGGAAACUAUAAUGCCCACACCAAUGCCGAUCCCCCAGUGGCCGAGAAUGGGGAUAGAGAAAAGGACGCAGACAAGGAUAAGGACAGAACUGUUGCAUUUCCGAGCGAAUACAGCUUACCCAUUUCGAUACCAUUCCAAAGCGACAAUUUCCAGCUGAACGGUGUGCACGAAAAGUCACGCGACAAGGGCAAACAGCGGAACAACUCCAGAAGCGGCAGCACCGCUACAACUAAGGAGAACGUCACGCUGCAGAAGUUUGUGACCCUGCGCGAGGCCAACGGGCCGAGCGACGAGACUGAUAUUUGAUCGACGGUGUUAGAGGAUCGAGGAGGAGUAGAAGGAGGAGGAGAAGGAGUAGGCGCCAGUACCCUUGGCCAGAGUCGCAAAACGCCACCGCCUAAACGCAGGUUAAAAUCCAAGUUUAGGCGCAAGCGAAAGCGUCAGUAGUAGUUUUAUACCUCAGAGUUUUGUUGGGGUGGAGGCUAUAUAAAUUAUGUAAAAAAUGUAUUUGUAAAUUAAUCGUAUUGCUAUAUCCCCUACCCGGCGCCAUACCAGUUAUGUUAUCCCUGCUCCUGGCCAAGGGUCAAUUUGUACAUAUAUAGUGUGGGAGUGCUUUAAUUGGUGUACGUUAGAGAAUAAAUUGUAGAAAUCUUGGUCAAACUGCGGGUUCUGUGAAUCUAGGCUUUCAGCAUGGCCCAGUUAAAAAA